AUGUCACGUCAAGGAGGUAAAGCCAAGCCGUUAAAGUCGGCCAAGAAACAGCAAACCGACCUCACCGAUGAGGAAUUAGCAUUCAAGGAAAAACAAAAGGCUGAUGCUCAAGCACGCAAAAAGAUGGCUGAACAAGCCAAAAAAGGUGGACCAUUAGUUGGUGGUGGAAUCAAGAAGAGCGGCAAAAAAUAA